AAUCGGCUUCCUUGCUGUCAAAACGAAAAGUGACGCCGGGAAUUGUUUGCGUUUGUGAAUGUCCGUAUUUUUGUGGUGAUUUUGUAUUGGAAAUUAAUCUACCUUUAAACAUUUUCACUACACAAACAACACCGCAACGAUGAGUGGCAGUGGAAUGCUGUACGGUGGCGAUGAAAUUGGAGCGCUCGUCUUCGAUCCUGGCCAUCAUUCGUUGCGUGUAGGAUAUGCACAAGAUGACACACCGAAAGCAGACAUCCCUUCGGUUGUUGGCGUUGGUCCGGCAGAUCCGGUAAUGAAUUCGGAUCUGGAGACAAAAGCGGACAAUAACAUUGGAAGCACGAAUAAAUAUUACGUUGAUACCACUCACAUCAAUGUCGCACGGCCAAACAUGGAAAUUCAAUCGUACAUGAAGGAUGGAAUGAUUGAAAAUUGGGAUCUGUUCGAAAAAGUCAUUGAUUACGUGUAUGCUAAGGUUGUACAAUCGGAAUCGAUGUACCAUCCGGUCCUAUUUUCAGAAUCUGCCUGGAACGUGCGAAAUAAUCGCGAGCGCCUGACGGAACUAAUGCUAGAGAAGUACAAUGUGCCAGCAUUCUUCCUUGUAAAAAAUGCGGUUUUGGCGGCGUUUGCAAAUGGUCGUGCCACCGCAUUGGUAGUGGAUAGUGGUGCAACGCAUACCUCGGCCGUUCCAGUUCAUGAAGGAUAUGUUCUGAGCCAAGCGGUAGUAAAAUCACCCUUAGGCGGUGAUUACCUUUCCCUACAGUGUCGCCAUUAUCUCGAAGGUCAAAACAUUGACCUCACGCCGACGUAUGCCAUCGCAUCGAAGGACGUCAUUAAGGAGCGUGAUACGGCUCGGUUCACGCCGAAGGAGUUACCCGAAAAGUUGACCGCUUCCUGGCAACAGUACAUGCUGAAAGGUUUGCUGCAAGACUUCCAAAUGUCCGCCGUACAGGUACUGGAAACACCGUACGAUGAACGGACGGCCGCCCAAAUCCCGGCCGUACAUUACGAGUUCCCGAACGGAUACCAUCAGGAUUUUGGACCGGAACGAUUCAAGCUAGCGGAAAGCCUGUUCGAUCACAAUAUGCUGGGUGCGGGACAGUUGGCUUCGGCAAGCGUGGGUAUGUGCGAUGCUGACGUUCGUUUGUCGCUGUACGGUUCUGUGGUGGUGACGGGUGGCAAUUCUCUGCUGCCUGGUUUUGCCGAGCGACUCAACCGAGACCUGCAGCAUCGGGCACCCUCGAACACGCGUCUGAAGAUGAUCUCGGCAAACGGAUCGGUCGAACGAAGGUUCGGUGCAUGGAUUGGCGGUUCGAUUCUUGGGAGUAUCGGCACAUUCCAGCAGAUGUGGAUCUCUUCGCAGGAGUACGAAGAAUCGGGCAAAAGUCAGGUCGAGCGCAAGUGUCCCUAGGUCGCCUAGGGACCUCCGUGAGUCCGUAACGCGUGUACUUUCUUUUACUUUAAACAAACAUAUUGUGUAAUCCACUUAUUUCAACUUCCUCGAUGUGACAAGACGCUAAAUAAUAACAUUUGCCGGUAUUGUAGAGCAUGA